CUCGACCCCAGCUCGGCAGGGGUUAACCCGUUGAACUGUGAGCUAACGUGAGUUACCGAAAACGUGAAUAAAGAAAACACUUCUUGAAGCAGAAUGUUGUCUUUGGCCACAUCGAGCCAAACUGGAGCCCGACGAUUCAUGACUGCGACCCGAGGGAGGUUUAUGAGGGACGGCAGGUGCCUGUUUACCUGUUUUCCAGAUGUUGUCCCCAGGACCAGAAGCACUGGCCAGUCCUUCUCCUGGUCCUCUUCCAACCACUACAGAUGCUUCAGUGCCACUGCUGCUCGCUGGAACGCUUCAUCGUCACCUGCAGCCAAUCAGAAAACACCGUCCUACAGUUACAUCAUUGUCGGGGCAGGGUCGGCGGGCUGCGUCCUCGCCAAUCGUCUUAGUGAGGAUGCCCACGAGUCUGUGCUGCAGCUGGAGGCGGGCCCGAAGGACAUGGUGCUAGGCAACAUACAACUCUCAUGGAAGAUCCACAUGCCAGCUGCGCUGACCUACAACCUCUGUGAUGACAAGUAUAACUGGUACUACCACACUCUACCUCAGGCCCACAUGGACAACCGGGUGUUGUACUGGCCGAGGGGCCGUGUCUGGGGCGGGUCCUCUUCACUCAACGCCAUGGUGUACAUCCGUGGACAUGCUGAAGACUACAACCGCUGGCAGAGAGAGGGAGCCGAGGGAUGGGACUACGAGCACUGUCUGCCUUACUUUAGGAAAGCUCAGUGUCAUGAGCUGGGAGAAAACAGGUACCGGGGAGGCAGUGGACCUCUUCACGUGUCCAGAGGGAAGACAAACCAUCCCCUUCACAAAGCUUUUAUUGAGGCGGGGCAGCAGGCGGGGUACCCCUUCACUGAUGACAUGAAUGGACACCAACAGGAGGGCGUGGGCUGGAUGGACAUGACGAUUUUUAAAGGAAAGAGGUGGAGCACAGCCAGUGCCUACCUGAGACCUGUCCUGGGUCGACCCAACCUGAAGACGGAGGUGCGCUGCCUGACCACCAAGAUCCUGUUUGAUGGUAACCGUGCUGUGGGCGUGGAAUACACACAGAAAGGACAAAAGAAAAGGGCAUUUGCAGAUAAGGAGGUGAUAUUAAGCGGUGGAGCCAUCAACUCCCCUCAGCUUCUCAUGCUGUCGGGGGUGGGAAACGCUGAUGACCUAAAACAGCUCGGCAUCCCUGUGGUCCAGCACCUACCCGGUGUUGGCAGUAACCUGCAGGAUCAUUUGGAGCUGUACGUCCAGCAGCAGUGCACUCAGCCCAUCACCCUGUACAAGGCCCAGAAACUUUUCCACAUGGUGAAGAUAGGCCUGGAGUGGCUCACCCUGUUUACUGGUUACGGAGCAACAGCCCACUUGGAGAGCGGAGGGUUCGUUCGCAGUCGGCCGCACGUCACACACCCUGACAUUCAGUUUCACUUCCUGCCCUCUCAGGUCAUCGACCACGGACGAGUUGCCUCCAAGAUCGAGGCAUAUCAGGUUCACGUCGGACCAAUGAGAAGCACAAGUAUCGGCUGGAUGAAGCUGAAGAGCGCCAACCCUUUGGAUCACCCAAUUCUCCAGCCAAACUAUCUCUCCACCGAUGUUGACGUGUCGGAGUUCAGGGAGUGUGUCAAACUCUCCAGAGAGAUUUUCGCCCAAAAAGCUUUCAACCCGUUCCGCGGUCCUGAAGUCCAGCCCGGUCCUCAGGUCCAAUCCGACGCUGACAUUGACGCUUUUGUUCGGCGAAAAGCUGACAGCGCCUACCACCCGUCCUGCACCUGCAAGAUGGGCUCGUCAACCGAUCCGAUGGCAGUCGUUGACUCGAACACACGUGUGGGGAUGGAAAGGCUGCGUGUGGUCGAUGCCUCCAUCAUGCCCAGCAUCGUUAGUGGCAACCUGAAUGCUCCCACCAUCAUGAUAGCAGAGAAAGCUGCUGACAUCAUCAGAGGUCGCCCUCCUCUCGUCGACCCGGGGGUUCCCGUGUACCAACCACCAACGCUUGACACACAGAGAUGAAGAAAGCACGAGCAAAGGGUAAACAGAUCACAAUACCGUCCGUUAUUACACACCAGCAGCGUGUGACCAGCUCACUGUGUGUUUGAUCUGGAGUGGAUCAUUUUGCCGUGGAUCUGAUAAAUGAAUAAUGUGAGUGUUGUAACACACCUGAUUUGCACACACAAGGCAACAUAUCAGUGUUACAUGUUGUCACAUUAA